ACUAUCAAGUCAUGGCGGUUAAUAAUUUCAGUAGUUCUUCUUUCUUCCCUCCUUUUGGAUUCUUUACGAAAGUUGCUGCCUUUCUUUUUCAGCUUUUGGGAGUAGAUUGAGGAGGUCUUCCUUUCCCGGUCUGAUCAUCUGGGUAUUUCUUAAAUUAAAUUUGUUCUAUUACUUUUUGCAUUUGAUUUAUUAUUUUCCCUAAUAUUAUCUCUGCUGAGGUUUUGAAUUCCAUGGGUGUAAAAAAUAGCGAAGUUUAAGUUAAGAAAUGGUUGAGAUGUAGUGGGUUGAGGUAUAAAGAUGCAAACUUGAUGAAUUGGGGAAUUGGGGUUGUGGAUAUUUUGAUGAUAUAUUGAGAUUGUGUGGCCUGGGAGAUUGGGGAAGAUGAAUGCUGUAGGAAGAUUAGGCAGCUAUAUUUCUAGAGGAGUAUAUAGUGUUUCAACACCUUUCCACCCGUUUGGUGGCGCUGUAGAUAUCAUUGUGGUGGAGCAGCCAGAUGGGAGCUUCAAGUCCUCUCCUUGGUAUGUUAGGUUUGGGAAAUUUCAGGGGGUUAUGAAGACGAAAGAGAAAGAAGUUAAUAUAUGUGUGAAUGGUGUGGAAAUGGAUUUCCAUAUGUAUUUGGGGAACGAUGGUCAAGCGUGGUUUCUAAAUGAGGUGGAUGUUGAAGAGGGGGAUAAUCAAUCUUCUGCUCCAUCUUCAGGUGAGGAUACAGAUGGCCAGUCCAAUUGCAGGCAGCCGAUGAAGACGAAAAGUUGCAGUUUUGAGUCUUUUGAUGGUAUUGAAUCUUUUUCAGCUGCCAAGGCUGGCGUGGGCGAUGGGAGUGUUGUGGUUAGGAAAAAUUCGCGGCGAGGGAUUUUGGGGUAUGUUUUUGGCAAGAAAUCGAUCAAAGAAAGGGCUGGGAGUGUUGUUAGGGUGGACUCUUUGGAACGUGCCGAAAUUGCAGCUGAUCUUUUGGAGGUUAAAUGGUCUACCAAUCUUCGCUCUCCCAGGCGUCAAGUGUUAAAAAUUUCUUCUCAAGAUGUAUCAAACAAGAGUAAUGCAAAACAGAACUUGCCAAUUGAUGAUAAAGUAGAUUGUACAACGGAUUAUUUGGAUAGUGGGAAAGAAAAUGGCUCAGUUGAUCAUGAAAAUGGUAGUGAGAAACAAAGGAAGGUCGUUGAAGAAACGGGUAUUUACUUAUGCUCUUCCGUAUCAGAGUGUGUUACUGCAGGUGACAUUAUUGGGGAUAAGAAUUCUGUAAUUAAUUCAAAUAAUUCACCAUUUUUGAAUGGCGAAGAGAGUCCCCAAACUGCAUUGACUACUUCAAAUAGAAUCAUGGAUGGCUUAGUCACCGAAACACAUUCUCAACAAAUCUAUCUCCAUCCUUUAGAUAGUUCUUCCGAGGAAGUAGAACCACAUAGUAGUAUUACUGUAUCGAGUUCGAACACCUCAAAUUCCGAAGCAUUAGUUGAGAAAAUAAUUGUAGAGCAUAAAAGUAGUGAGCUUCUAGAUCCUUGUGAACCAGACGUGAGAAGUGUCUCGCAUAGUACAUCAACACCAGAAAUCUUGGAGGUGGAGCAGCUCAUCUUUGGUGAACUUGAUGAUUUAAGUUCCAGCAACAUCAAACACACCGUUCUUGCCACUUCAGAUUCGAACGAGAAAGAAGUAUCCCACCGUCUGGCUUCAGGUAGCUCUGAAGGAGUGAUUGAAUCUUUUAUUCCAAGCAAUGAGUUCAUUUCUUCUUCAGACGAAUAUGUCCAAGGCAAUCCAUCAUUUGUUGCCGAUCGAAUCAAGUUGAAAUCUGUAGCAAGCGAUGUUUGUAUUUCAGCCACUUCUAGAGCUCAACCUGAUGAAGUUCCAAGGUUGGCCAAAUCUUUACCAAUUAUGUGGUCGCAUGAUAGUAUUGUGCCCGGUGGACAGAAUGAUCAGCAUCCAACCAAGAUAUCACAGGGAUGUGAAGACGCUAUGGUCAUACAGGAGCUGAAUGCUAAGCCUGUUGAGGCAGAAACCGGGAAGAAGUCUCCACCAACCGAUGCCAAUGGUGGAAGCCAUAGAGCUCGGUCUUUUCCUAUCAAGAGAUCAAGAAGCACGAAUCUGAAUGGCAAUAGAAAUACAGAAGCCAAAACCCCUCUAAAAGUCUCCAAUGACAGCAUGGAAGAAGAUGUGUGUAAAGUUAAAGUCACUAAGAAGAAAGUAAGGGUACUCACUCCAACAUCUGAACAACUAGCAUCUUUGAAUCUGAAAGAGGGGAAGAAUGUUGUGAUAUUCACAUUCUCAACUCCUAUGCUUGGGAAGCAGCAGGUUGAUGCACAAAUUUAUUUGUGGAAAUGGGACACGCGCAUUGUGAUAUCUGAUGUGGAUGGGACAAUUACCAGAUCUGAUGUUCUAGGACAAUUCAUGCCUUUGGUCGGGGUAGAUUGGUCACAGACAGGUGUCGCACAUCUCUUUUCAGCUAUUAAGGAGAAUGGGUUCCAAUUGCUUUUCCUAAGUGCUCGUUCAAUUUCCCAGGCCUAUGUAACAAGGCAAUUCCUAAUUAAUCUUAUGCAGGAUGGAAAGGGAUUGCCGCAAGGGCCUGUUAUCAUAUCCCCUGAUGGACUUUUCCCUUCUUUAUUUCGAGAAGUGGUACGAAGAGUCCCACAUGAAUUCAAAAUCGCAUGCUUGGAGGAUAUCAAAGCAUUGUUUCCUGCGGAUAGAAACCCGUUUUAUGCCGGUUUUGGGAACAGAGACAGCGAUGAGAUUAGCUAUCUCAAGGUUGGAAUCCCAAAGGGAAAGAUUUUCAUUAUAAACCCAAAGGGUGAAAUUGUUGUGAAUCGGCAUAUUACCAACACAAAAUCAUAUACUUCCCUUCGUACUCUCGUGAAUGGCAUGUUUCCUGUUGUUUCCUCCUCAGAGCAGGAGGAUUUCAAUUCGUGGAAUUUCUGGAAACUUCCUCCCCCGGCUCUCCAUGGACGACGUUAAGCAAGUGCUCGAGUUUCAACACUUUUGGAAAUCAAGGUGGUCGCCCGACUAGGUGGGGAAUACGGUACGUGGACUAGAAAUCUAGCAGAGGAAGGUACAGAGUGGAUUAAGUUGCCGGCCGGACAUUGUGAAUGAAAGGUAUUGGGAUAACGGGAAUUGUGUUUUAGAAAUGCCGUUUUCCUUUUAUUUGCCCGGGGAAAAGGCCGGUAUUGCAUAUUCAGUAUUACACAAAAACUUGUAAAAAGGGUCUCACAUGAGACCAACUGUAUAUAUUAUAGUGACUUUUUUUCCUAGUGUGGGAUAGUUUGUUAAUGUGUACAGUUUUUAAUUGUAUACGACUGGCUUAUGACCUAUAGCCAUGGACUCACCCCCAGAUGAAUUGAAGAUCGGUAGAGUGGGGUGGGUUUUAGGUCUUUUCCACUGUUAUCAAUUAUUAUUGUUUAAUUUUGCUUUACUAGAAAUUUCUACCAUUUAUUAUCGGUAA